AUGACAACUCUUGUUGAUCACAACUCCUUUCACUACUUGACGGAAAAUAGAAUCUGCGUCAUCACAUUUUCUGCCUCUUCGUAUCCAAGAAAACUAGCUUUCCCUAUUCUCCAAAACUUGCAGAAGGAGUUGCAGAAGUUUGAUAACCUCGUGGAUAAAAUUACAAGACCCUACAGCUUUUUAAAUUUUGAUAUUGCGCUGAAAUGGACACCCAUAACAAUCAUUUUUGUCGUUGUUGCUGUUCUUUUCUGGGCCAACUUAGCCCUCAGAGAGGAUUUCAUAAUUUGA